AUGAACGAGUCAAAGAAUGAUCACAGCCACCAAAAGGGUGAAGGGAAGAAGAACACCAGCCAAAGGAAGCACAAGUUUUCCAAAGACAAGAAACUCAAUUCUAAGUUGCAGAGAAUAGAAAACCAGUACAAGGAUGCAUUGAAAUCUGCUAAGGGUACUGACUACCUUUUACAAGAAGAAGCGGGGUUCUUAGAAGCCGAUGGUCCUAUGGAAAAAACCUUCAAAUUCAAGCAAGAAGAAAUAACAAAGGAGGUGGACACAAAUACUGCAAACAAGAAAUUCGAACUCAAGCUCCCUGAGUUUGGUCCUUAUCAGAUUGAUUUUUCGAGAAAUGGACGUGAUCUCCUUCUUGGGGGUAAAAAGGGACACGUUGCAUCUAUCGACUGGAAGACCGGAGUUUUGGGGUGUGAGCUCCACCUCAAUGAAACUGUAAAUGCUGUUAAAUAUCUACACAAUGAUCAAUACUUCGCAGUGGCACAAAAGAAGUACACUUUUAUCUACGACAAAGAAGGAACAGAGCUCCAUCGACUCAAACAGCAUGUUGAAGCUACUCUAUUGGAUUUUUUGCCCUAUCACUUUCUUUUGGCAACCGCAGGACACACAGGGUUUUUGAAGUAUCAUGAUGUUUCCACUGGUGAACUAGUUAGUGAAAUAAGAACCAAACUUGGGCCAACGCUAGCAAUGAAACACAAUCCAUACAAUGCGGUAAUACAUUUAGGUCACGGGAAUGGGCAAGUAACUUUGUGGUCACCUAAUGCUCCAGAACCAUUGGUAAAGAUACAAUCUGCCCGUGGGCCCAUUCGAGAUUUGGCGAUUGAUAGAGAAGGCAAAUAUAUGGCAGUUAGUGGUGCCGAUAAGACGUUGAAAAUCUGGGAUAUUCGAACUUUCAAGGAAGUGGAUCACUAUUACACACAGACGCCUGCAACCUCAUUAGACGUUUCUGACACUGGAUUACUAUCUGUUGGAUGGGGUCCACAUGUAACCAUAUGGAAAGAUGUUUUCAAAAAAUCGCAUCAAGCUGAUCCGUACAUGAACCAUUUGAUCCCUGGAUCAAAAGUGGACAAGGUCAAGUUUGCACCAUUCGAAGAUAUACUAGGCAUUGGUCACCAACAAGGAUAUGGUUCAAUUAUAGUUCCUGGAGCUGGUGAAGCCAAUUAUGAUGCUUUAGAAUUGAACCCCUUCGAAACAACUAAACAAAGACAGGAACUGGAGGUUAGAUCGUUACUCAACAAACUUCCGGCUGACUCGAUUGCAUUAGAUCCAAAUACUAUCGGGACUGUUGACAAGCGGGCCAAGUCAAUAAGAUUGAAACCUGGCGAAAUUAAUGAAUUGACUGAAUCAGCUACAGAUGCCACAAGCAAGAUGGCCAUAAAGCCUGAUGUCAAGGGUAAGAAUUCCGCACUAAGGAAACAUUUGAGAAGGAAGAGAGAGAAUGUCAUUGAUCAAAGAAAGAUGAGGAUUGAGAAGAAUUUGAAGAAUGAGAAGGAGGCCAGAUUGAAACGUUUGAAAUUGCUACAAGGUGAACAAGUUGAGGAGGAUGUAUUAGAUUCUGCUUUAUCUAGAUUUAAGUAG